AUGGUUGACCCCAAGAGACACAUCAACAUCCUUUCGCCAGAGGAACAGGCGUUCAUUGAGGAGUGCGACAAUGAGUUUGCACAUCGGUUUACGGAUUUGGACGAAGAAUUUAUGGCGCACUGUCAGCGUCCCUCGAAACCGCCGCCAAUAGUAUAUCCGUGGAACAAUCGCCGUGGUGGCGGCGGUGGCGGAGGAGGAGGUUGGCGAGGAGAAAGACGUUUCAACGACAGGGGUGGAAGAGGGAGAGGAGGUGGCCAUUUUAAUCGGCGCGAUGCAAGACAUCAGCCAUACAAUAAUGACAGAUAUCGUAGAAAUAAUCACCAGUCCGGUCGGGACGAAGGCUAUAGCAACAAUUCAUCACAAUCUAACAGCAGACAGUACGACCGAUCCGGCCGAGAACGCCAGUAA